AUCGCUGCCUCUUUGGAGUCCACAUCGAUCAGCAGGUACAUGUAGUUGUCGCUGAGAGCUGGGAGAAGUUCAACCUUCAUGUUUGCUUGUUGCACCAGCGAUGGUUUCCUCACUGCGCCGUGAAGGAGAGCGACUGCCUGGGCCUGGACUUCCACAGGAGCUGCACCGGGGGGUCAACGAGAGGCAGAGACACACGUCAGACUGACACGAGGACACCACUUUGGGUUUGACACUUCAACCCUGUGCUGUCACGACAAGACUGACAACCCAUGGAUAACACUGGUAAACAACGUGUAGCUUCGAUGCUAACUGUAGAAAUAAGCGUUAAAAGGCGUUGGCUAGCAGGACAAACAUUGAUCUGACGUGACCGUAGCAGACGCGAUUAUGUAAGCGGAAGUGUUUACCGACACGGGCCAGCUGGCACCAUCCCUCAACUCACGACAAAAAGGUGAAUCAUCUGUUCCUCGUGGGUCGAAGUUCACCUGAGCUGGAGCCGACUGCCCCUGAGCGGCUGUCACCUUCACGAUCCGCCGCAAUGACAGCGAGAAACAUAUCCCUCUUCUGGGAGUGGGGCAGGAAGAUCAUCUGCGUGGGGAGGAACUACGCGGAUCACGCCAAGGAGCUGAAAAACGCGAUCCCCACGGAGCCCAUCCUGUUCCUGAAGCCGCCGUCGGCAUAUGUCACGGAGGGCUCCCCGAUCCUGGUGCCCCGGUACUCCAGCAACCUGCACCAUGAGGUGGAGCUGGGGGUGGUGAUCGGGAAGGGGGGCACGGCCAUCCCUCAGUCCGCCGCCAUGGAGCACGUCGCCGGCUACGCGCUGUGCUUGGACAUGACAGCCCGGGACAUCCAGGACGUGUGCAAGUCCAAGGGUCUGCCCUGGACCCUGGCCAAAGCCUUCAACACCUCUUGCCCCGUCAGCGAGUUCAUCCCCAAGGAGCGUAUCCCCGACCCGGGCAACGUCAAGCUGUGGCUGAAGGUGAACGAGCAGCUGCGGCAGAACGGCUGCACGUCCCAGAUGAUCUUCUCCAUCCCCUUCCUCAUCAGCUACAUCAGCGACUUCAUCACCCUGGAGGAGGGGGACCUCAUCCUCACCGGGACCCCUAAGGGAGUGUCCGCCGUGCAGGAGCAUGACGUGCUGCAGGCCGGGAUCGAGGACGUGGUCACCAUGAGCUUCAGAGUGGACAGACGGGAGAAGUAGUGACAGCUAUCAAGAGGAUCUAAUCAGACUGAUGAGAAAACUGUGAUUUCACUGCAAACAUGAACCUCAAUUCUUUUUACAUAUCUGUUCAGUGUCUGUGUGUAUCAGCAGGGGGCAGUGCAGUGCCACACAAGAGACCACAUCUCUGAUAAACCCACAAGGUCUAUGGAUACAUCUCAUGCUGCCAUGUUCAGAGUUUGAACGAAUAAUCUCAGCAACAUCUGGGGACUUGAUGAUGAUGAUGAUCUGUUUCACUGUGGUGUUCUGUAUCUUUUACUUACACCUAAAAGAAAACCAUUCAUCAAACACCAUCUUUGUCUUAGAUCUCCAGUACAGUAGAAUUUUACUCAAAUCAAAGAUGCAAUCAUAUUUUGAUAAAUAAUGUUCUUGGAAAUAAAGGGUAGACAUACGUUUGUCUGCAAAAAAAAAAACCUGUAUAUAUACCUGCAUUCUUUAUUGCUUAAGCUGGUAAAUAUGAGGCUAAUAACCACUUCAUAAACAGUUGGAAAUCUGAAUCUAUAGUAAUGAAUGAGAAGUUCAGUAUUAACCUAAAUCUGCGAGGUAAUAAUUAACUGCAGCUUUAAGAUAAAUGUAAUGGAGUAAAAAGUUAAAUACUUCCCUCUGAUGUUUCAUGGAAUCAAAGUAUUAAGAUACAGACAAUGGAAAAACUUGAUGUUGAAGGACAAGUGCCAAAAGUGGGUUUUUCCCUGUGAAAUGUCGAGUAGAGAUUUAAAACAUUUAAAUAGGGACGCUUACCUCCAAUUACCACAGAGUUACAGACAAUAAAGUACCUGAGAAAUUACUAAGUACUCGGUUAUAUUCCACACAAGCAAUAUAUUUAUAUACUUGUAGAUGGAGCAGACAAAAGAUAAUGACUAAGUCAUAUCCAUAAUUUUAGAUGUAAGUUAAAAUU